UGAAGAGUUCAGAUGUCCGACACUCACUGUGAACUUGAAAGCCCCGCCAUGACCCGUCCAGUCUGUUAGCUGUCGGUAUCAUUACGUCCUCCCUGGUCCCCUCUCUGUCACCACCAUGCGGUUCUGUCUCUGGUGCGUUUGGACCAGCUGGAUUUUAACUCUUCACACGGCCGCUCAGCAUCCUCCUGACCGGGUGGAGGGAGGCGUGCAGCCCGGCUGGCGGAGGCAGAGCCCCGGCACACCGAGCCCCAGCCAGCCGGCCGCAGAGCGGGGAGCCGGGGGGAGGCUCGGCGGCAGGAGAGCCCCUCUGCCCGGGCCUCAUGUGUGUGGAGCUCGCUGCUGUGUUGGAUGGACUUUGUCUCCUAAAACCAAACGAUGCACCAAACACAGGUGUCUUCCCCGUUGCCAUAACAACGCUGUGUGUCAUCAGAGUAACCGCUGUGUGUGUCGACGAGGUUUCCAUGGUUACCGCUGUGAGGUCUCCACGGUGACGCUCUCUCUCUCAGGACGCCCACUGACCUCCAUCCGUCCCACCAGCGACCCUCACCUGGACUCUGGACCCUCCAAGAGUCCCCCAGGACAAGAACCAGGAGCCAGAACCGAGCCAGCUGGCUCCACCACCCUGAGUCCAUCUGUGACCCCAGACUCUGCUCCUGAUGAGUCUGUUGGAGGUGUUGGUGAGCAGAACCGGGCCUCCUCAAAGAGCCCACAGGUGGGACGGAGAGCUGCGAGGACAGAGGAGGAGUUUCACUCCCGGACCGGAGAGAGCAGAGACUCCCAGGACGUCUCAGCUGGUCUCAGUCCAAAACUAAAAGCUGCUUCAGCACCAAAGGACGUGCCAGAGUCCCUGAAACAUGAGGGACUGACGAAAAGACCAAACCCAUCGUCUCUGUCAUGGUCCGAGGGAACAGAACCGACUGAUUCAAAAGAAAACUCUGAGACAGAAAACAAGAUGAAAAUCAGAACAACUUCUGAAAUCCACAAUCUGGAGACAAACCAGAGUCUGGAGCUGAACGCUGGACCCAGUGAAGAGCUCACGCUUAAUCUGGAGUCCAAGCCCGGGCUGAGUGGAGAGAAGGUUCUGGACACGGUUCUGACAGGAGAGGAGGUGAAGAAACAGUCUCUGAGUCUGAGGGAGGCCCAGGCUGUACUGCUGAGAAAGACACUCUCUCGGGGAGGAAGAGGAGACAAGAUGGCCGCCCUGCUGAUGAAGCACAUUGAGAAGGAAAGAAAGAAAGUUCUCAGAGUGACUUCCUCUUCCUCCUCGUCUUCAUCAACGUCAUCGUCCUCAGUGAAGUCCAGCGUGAAGUCGUUCCACACUCAGAAGGGCCAGUACACCGUCCACUUCAUGGCGCCGGCAGCUGAUGGACCGCCAGCCGAAGGAGGAGCAGGAGCAGGAGCAGGAGGAGGAGGAGGAGGGCUGGAGAGGAUCCAGGUGAUGUUCACGCCGACCAUCUGCAAGGUGCGCUGCAGCCAGGAGCGCUGCGUCAACUACUGCGAGCGAGGCAACGUGACCACGCUGUACAGCAACAGUGAGGCAGGAGGAGCGAGGAGAGACGGCUCCCACGGACCGGGCUCCCACGGACCGGGCUCCCACGGACCGGGCUUCAGAGUCUUCCUCUGUCCUCUGCUCUGUAAGAACGGCGGCGUCUGCCUGCAGAAGGAUCGCUGUCUCUGCCCGCCAAACUUCACUGGGAAGUUCUGCCAGUUGUCCCUCGCCUCCACCUCCACCGUGGCUGCCGCCGCCGCUCUGCCCUCCUCCACCAAUGAGAUUGUCAAGCCUGCGCUGCUCACCCCCAUGAAUCAGGAGCUGACCCGGUCUGAGUUCCUGGUGCCGCUGGGACACAACCAAGAGACGGCGGUGGCUGGAGCCCCCGGCCCGUCCAUGGUGAAGGUCCGAGUGCAGCACCCCCCUGAGGCCAGCGUGAAGAUCCACCAGGUGCUGAAGGUGUCUCGAUUCAGUCCCGCCCUGCGAACCCUCUCCUCCUCGUCGGGGUCGGCGGGCGCUCCAGCUCCGGGUGGCGGAGCGGUGGAGGCUCAGACGCUGAGGGGGGACGGCACGUACAACCAGCAGUCCGGGUUCAAAUACUGCUUCAGAGAGGUCAAAGACGGGCAGUGCAGCUCUCCUCUGCCGGGUCUGAGGAGCAGAGAAAUGUGCUGCAGAGGGAUCGGGAAGGCCUGGGGCAUCACCGACUGUGUCCUCUGUCCUGACAACACAGGUCAGAGCAACAGCAGCUGUCCAGGUGGUUUCAAGCGAGUCAAUGGAUCACUGUGUGUUGAUGUGAAUGAGUGCCUCCGGCCGGGGCUGUGUGAGAACGGGAUCUGUGUGAACACCAUGGGGAGCUAUAGCUGUGUGUGUGGGGCGGGGUUCAUCCUCGACGCCACACAUGGAAUCUGCAUCUCCCAGAGUGUGAUCUCAGAAGAGAAGGGUCAGUGUUACCGGGUCCUGGGUUCUGGUCAGGGUCCGUCCUCCUGCUCCCUCCCCAUCCUCAGGAACAUCACCAAGCAGAUCUGCUGCUGCAGCCGAGUGGGAAAGGCCUGGGGAACCGACUGCCAGAGGUGCCCCUACUUCGGUUCAGUGGCCUUUAAGGAGAUCUGUCCGGCCGGUCCUGGGUAUCAGUACUCAGCUUCAACCCUGAAGUUCAACCAGAGAGUCAGUGAGCAGCUGGGGAACCGAGGAGCUACGGUGGUAACCCACAGCAACCCGGAGAACCAGGGUCUGGGUCCAGGUUCUGGGUCCAGCAGUAGCAGCGGAGUUUCCGGAUCUCAACAGAAACCGUCUUCAUCUGGAGCGACCGCUUCUGGAGGUGUUGGAUCCAGAGCUGGUCCACCCCAGCCUUUACCCCAGCCUCAGCCUCCGCCUCAGGCUCAGCCUCCGCCUCAGGCUCAGCCUCAGACUCCACCCCGGCCUCAGGCUCAGCCUCAGGCUCCAACCCGGCCUCAGGCUCAGCCUCAGGCUCAGGCUCAGGCUCAGCCUCAGCCUCAGGCUCAGCCUCAGCCCCGCCUGGACGUCUCUCCCUCCUUCAGGCCUGUUCAGCCUGGCAGCACUGGAACUAGAACCACCCAGGACAAACCCCAGAGUCCAGACAGACCCGGGGCCCAGCAGAUCCAGCCUGACCCUGCACCCUCACAACCAAGACCACAGCCUCCGUCCACAGGAAGUCAAGCAGGCAGUCGGUCCUCCUCCCAGCCGGCAGCUAGAGGGGACUCUCUCUCAGCUCCGGCCCAGCCACAGAGCCCUGAGCGUGGGUCGAGGCCCAGCGGAGGACUCCCUCCUCCUCAGAACAGACCAGCCGUCAGCCCGACGAGCCGAGCCCAGACAGUGCAAAGUGUGUGUGAGAGCAGACCAGGUGUGUGUGGGCGUGGCCGCUGUGUGGAUCUGCCAGCUGGAAAACACACCUGUGUGUGUGAUCGGGGAUACCAGCCCAACUCUCAGCGCACCUACUGCCAAGAUGUGAAUGAGUGUGUGCAGUCUCCAGGUGUGUGUUCCGUGGGAGAGUGUGUGAACACCAUGGGAAGCUACAGGUGUGUGUGUCCGUCUGGAUACAGGAGCAACAGCCAGCAGACCAGCUGCCAAGACGUCGACGAGUGCCAGCAGAAUCCCUGCAGCAGCGGUCGCUGUGACAACACGCCGGGCAGCUACAGGUGUGUCUGUCGCCUUGGUUACAGGCUCAGCGGCAACACCUGCACAGAUGUGGACGAGUGCGAGGACCCCCUGCAGUGUCCCGGUCAGGAGUGUGUCAACAGUCAGGGCUCGUACCGCUGCGUCUCCUGUCAGCCUGGAUACAGACUGCUGAACAGGCUCUGUGCAGACAUUGAUGAGUGUCGCCAGGCUCCCUGCACCAACGGUCACUGUGAAAACACACCUGGGAGCUACCACUGUGUCUGUCACCAUGGUUACAAGCUCCAGAACAACACCUGUGCAGAUGUAGAUGAGUGUGCAGAGCCGUCUCAGUGUCCCGGUCAGAUGUGUGUGAACUCUGUGGGAUCGUACCGUUGUAUGUCCUGUCGACCGGGAUACACACUCACCAACAGACAGUGCACAGAUGUAAACGAGUGUGAGGACAGCGAGACUUGUCCUGGUCAGCAGUGUGUGAACACUGAAGGGUCUUACAGCUGUGUGGACUGUCAGCAGGGAUACCACAGUGUCAACAGGCUGUGUGAAGACGUGGAUGAGUGUCUGCAGGCCUCUCAGUGUCCUGGUCAGCAGUGUGUGAACACUGUGGGGUCGUACCGCUGUGUGUCCUGUCAGCCUGGAUACAGCAGCCAGGACGGCUCCUGCCAGGAUGUAGAUGAGUGUGUGAGCGUCGGGGCGUGCGAGGCAGACCGUGUGUGUGUUAACACCGUCGGCUCCUUCAGGUGCGAAUGCCGGCCCGGGUAUCGGACCGCCGGCCUGGGGAGACAGUGCAGAGACAUUAACGAGUGCUUGGAGGGAGAGUUCUGUUUCCCCAAAGGAGAGUGUGUGAACACAGCCGGGUCGUACACAUGCGUGUGUUCUCAGGGAUACACACUAAGUGACAACCGGACCGCCUGCAUCGAUGUGGACGAGUGUGUGAAGGCGGGUGUGUGUGUGGACGGUCGCUGUGUGAACACUGACGGAUCCUUCCAGUGCCAGUGCGAACCGGGCUUCACCACCAACCCAGAGAGGACUGCCUGCCUCGAUGUUGAUGAGUGCGUCUCGUCCGGCGGCUCAGUUUGCGGGUCACAGCGGUGUGAGAAUACGAUUGGUUCGUACCGCUGCCUCACUUCCUGUGAGCCGGGCUACGAGGCCACGCAGACGGGCAGCUGUGUGGACGUGAAUGAAUGCUCCAAUCAGACGGUGUGCGGGGAACACGCCAUCUGUCAGAACCUGAUAGGAACCUACCUGUGUGUGUGUCACCAGGGCUUCACCUCCACCGCUGACGGGAAGGCGUGUGUGGAUGAGGACGAGUGUGUGUCUCUGCCGGGUGUGUGCGGUCGCGCUCGCUGCGAGAACGUCGAGGGUUCCUUCAUGUGUGAAUGUGACAGACAAGGUUACGAGUUCGACGCCAGCAGCCGGCAGUGUGUGAACACCGCACAGCAAGCAGAGAGAGCCUCUUUCUCUUCCUCUUCCUCUUCCUCCUCCUCCUCCUCCUCCCAUGUCAGCGUGGUGGAGAUGCCCCCCCUCCCAGCGGCUCGUCCAGGUGAGCUGAGGGAGUGUUACUACAACCUGGCAGAGCGAGGUGCCUGCAGCCUGCUGGCCACCAACACCAGCCAGCAGGAGUGCUGCUGCACGGUGGGGGAGGGCUGGGGGCUGGGCUGCCAGUACCACACCUGCCCGCCCACCGGCUCAGCUGAGUUUCUGACUCUGUGUCCCAGCGGGAGAGGAUACGUCACCACGGCAGCCUUCAGCUACAGAGAUGUGGACGAGUGUAAACGCUUCCAUCCAGAGGUGUGUAAGAACGGAGUGUGUGUCAACAACAUCCCCGGAUACAACUGCUACUGCUCCAGUGGAUACGUGUACAACAGCACGCUGCUGGAGUGUGUCGAUCAUGACGAGUGUGAGGAGGAGAGCUGUGUCGGAGGGAUCUGUGUGAACACGGUGGGUUCGUAUUACUGCAGCUGUCAGCCUCCUCUGGUGCUCGACGACACGCAGCGCAACUGUGUCAACUCCUCCCACCUCACCGUGGAUGAGAACAUGUCCGUGUGCUGGCAGCACGUCACGGCGGACCUGGUCUGUCAGAGUCCUCUGCUGGGAGCUCAGGUCACCUUCAUGGACUGCUGCUGCCUGUACGGGGAGGGCUGGGGGAUGGAGUGCGCCCUCUGUCCCGCCACCGACUCCGACGACUACGCCAGUCUGUGCAGCUCGGUUCUUCCUCCUCUUUAUCCGGAGAGUUUUCCGGACUCAGCUGGAGCAGAAGCAGGAGUGAGACCAGGAGCUGGACGAGGAGGAGGAGGAGGAGGAGGUGAAGCUCCUCCUUACUUCCCUCCCUACAGUCCGGACUCCUUCGCCCCCGGUGUGGUUCCGGGCAGAGACUUCUCUGGUCCGGACUACGACAAUUACUCUCCAGCAGGGGGCAGCAGGUCCGGCUUCGGAGGGAGGACGCCCGCCUCCUUCAGCCUGCCGGAGGGAGCCUAUCGCAGGCCAGAGUACAGCACUGGUUACUACACUGAAGGAGACUUCGGCACCUCUGACGGAUCAGCGCUGAGGUCGCCGCCCUUCCGCCUCCCUGUCGACCCGCGGGCCGAGAGGGCGUUCGGGGCGCGACCUCCUCCUCCAUCUCUGCCUGACGGUGCUCCUCUCAGCCUGGCCCCGCUGCCCGGUGCUCCCUACCAGGAGCAGGAGGAGGAGGAAGAGGAGGAGGUGGCAUGGAGGCCAGGACCGCCUUUCCCUCCGUUCACUGAUCGGAGCGGAGGAGGAGGAGGAGGAGGAGGAGGAGCACUGAGGAGGGUGUAUGAGAGGCGUUACGAGUCCUACGCUGGCCUGAGUGCAGCAGAGGAUUGUGGGAUACUGCAUGGCUGCGAGAACGGCAGGUGUAUUCGCGUUGCCGAGGGUUACACCUGUGACUGUUACCAAGGAUACGAGCUGGACAUGACCUCCAUGACGUGUACAGAUGUGAACGAGUGCGAGGACAGCGCCGCUCAGGAGUUCCCGUGUGUGAACGCUCGCUGCGUGAACACCGAAGGCUCGUUCCGCUGCGUCUGCAGGAGAGGCUACGUCAUGUCCCGCAGGCCCAACCACUGUGUGGCUGCGUAGACCGGACCGGACUGGACUGGACCACACUGGGCUUCAUUAGACCGGUCUAGACAACAAGACUACACUACAGCAGACUGGGCUGGACUAGAUGAGGUUGGACUGGUUUGGGCCUCACUGUAGCGAGACGAGAGGAGUUGUGCAGAAGAAGAAACAGUUUGUGUUUUAUUGGGAAACUUCACCUGCAGAGAAACACUGAGCUCAGAUCAGUUCUGACAGAACCACAGCUUAUCUUCUGUACAGUAUUUGUAUGAUUUCUGAUAGCGGUUCAGUUAUAAUCAUGAUAUUUACAGCGUAAAAUAUACUUAUAACAAACACCAGGCUCGCUAUUUACAACACAAAGUAAAGAUUCAACAGACGUCAGACGUCAAAGAGAAAGAAAAUAUUGUUAGACUUUAUUAUGAAUGAAUUAUAUAAAGUUAGAAUAGGAGAAAUGUUUGCUGUUCUAACUAUAACCUCUUUUUAUAGCUCUCAUACAGCGAUGCUACUUUGCUAGCUGUCCUAACAGGAAGCUUAUUCUACUGUUGACGUUUUUUAAAGUUAGCAACCAAAAAUUAAGCAGCUUUUAGUUUAGCUAAGGUUAGUUUAGUAGCUAGCAGUGAGCUAACUGGCUGACACACGUCUGUAUUAACCUGAGCCUCCGCUGAUUAAUUUUAAUGUCCAGUUAUGUACUCUGGCAGUGUUUGUUCACUAGUUAGCUGUUAGCUAAAUUAUCACAGCAUUUCAUUCUUAUUUUAGCAUAGCAUGUCUGUAAUGAGCCUCAGCUAGAUAGCUAAUAGCUAAGGUUAGUCUACAUGCUAGCUGUGAGGUGACUGGCUAACAAAAAUGUCUGUAUCAGCUUGAGCGUCCGUGGUUGAUUUAUUUUAAUUGUUGAUUACAUAUUGUGUUAAUGUUUGUUAGCUGGUAGCUGUUAGCUAACAUAUCAGUGUUUCCAGUCCAUAUACACAGCCCAUCAGUAAUUAACCAUCUGCUUGUUAGCUGAUAGCUAACAUUAGAUUACUCGCUAGCUGUUAGCAGACUGGCUAACAGAUAUGUUAGCAGCCUCAGCAUCUGUAUGGAAAGAUUUAAAUUCCCAGUUGGUUUAUUUUAAUUGUUAUUUCUGACAGAAGACUGAUUUUCUUAAAUACCGACACGAUGAAUCAAAAGUUUCCAGUUGAUUUGUCAUGUUUCAGUUUCAGCAUUUUUAGAUCGAUUUAAUACUGUUUUGCUUCUCAACAGUCAAAUUAGAGACAUUUAGUCUUUAACGUAUCAGAAACUAUCGUAUGUAAUGUGAAGUUUUGAUUAUUAUCUCUUAUCUUAUAUCUUAACAGAGAAGACUCUCCUUGAUAUUGUAACGAGCAGUUAAAUCAAUGAUGUCAUCCCCAGUUUGAGUUAUUGAAAAUACAUUACCCAUGAACCUCAGCAGCUUCUCACUUAAAGAAGAGGUUUGAAAUAGCGACGUUGUUUAAUUCAGAACUAAAGAUGGCGCCACAAACCCUGAAUGUAUUCAAAAUUGACCAAAAUGAAACUAAAUCAAUUUAUUUCCUUUGAUUUCUGCAUCUGACAGAAUUUAAAUCUCUUGGAUCAGAUGUGUUUUUACUGAAAUGCACCUUGAGACUCAAACCAACAACCGUUCCGUGUGAAUCGCAGCCUGAUUCAUCGUCUUCUUCUGUUAAAUCAUGUUCAAUCACGUCCUGAUUGAUCAGCGACUGAGAAGAUGACAUAAUUCAACAUUAUGUAAUAGAUUUAAUACAUGACGUUAGCAUUCAACUUCCUGGCUAACGUGACUAUUUGAUCAUGUCCAUUGUGUUUCAUUUCCAUUAUAUACUAGAUGUGUGUCAAACAGUAAUGUUAGCCAGGAAGUGGCUAAAUGCUAAAGUUAGCGGUCGUCUGGCAGAAACUAAAGUUUUAUCAGAGAUGUUGUUUUACCGUUAAUGUGGCCGCUGUCGCUCCAGACGCUCACCGUCACUGGAAAAUGGCCGCCGUGUGAAAGCAAUCUGUGCCUGUGAACACUUUGGUGUUGGUUUGAGUCUGAAGAUGAGAUUCAAUGAGUUUCAUUAGAUUGGCGACUUUUUGCAAACACUAAAUGUGCCGACGUGUCUUUACUUUAUACGUGUCGUCUCUCCUCCUCCAGCCUUCAUCUCCUGAAGGUUCUGAAGGUUCUGGAGGUUCUGGAGGUUCCUCAGUCUUUCUGCGGACGUAAUAAUUCACAUCCUGUCUUUAAUGUUCCAGAUGUCGACGCCUGUCAGCUGGUUCUGUGUUUGAUAUUAACGUUGUGAUGUAAACAUGCACUGUAUCUGUUCACACAGGAGAGUUUGUACGUUGUUUUAAUUUCACUCUUUCUGAAUUGUUCUCGUGUUUUUAUGGUUCACGACUCACUUUUUGUAUCUUCUGUUUGUACGACAAGAAAUGAAAAUAUAUUUGCACACUUUUACUGAA